AUGUGCGAGCUCUUCUGUGGUCAGGGGGAGCUGACUAGACAGUGUCGAAGCAAUGGCAUCGAUUGCAGGGGCCUAGAUCUUCUGAAGAAUCGAUACCAUGACUUGACAACACCAGAAGGGUUUAUGAUCGCCCUGACGAAGGUCUUGCGGAUCCGCAGAUCUGGUCUCUUCUGGUCAGGGAAUCCCUGCAAUAGUUGGAUAUGGAUCAGUUCUUCAACAACGCGGCGCAAUGCCGACAACUGGGGCAUCUUCGGCAAUGAAGAUGUAGAAUGUGUUCGUUUGGGAAACCAGGUAGCAGCAAGAUGGGCCCUGCUAGCCUUGGUGUGCACCAUCAUGAACAUAUUUUGGGUGGUGGAGCAGCCUCAAAGUUCAUGCCUACGGGAUUGCCCAUAUGUUUCCCACGUAUUGCUGAACUUGGGGCCUCCUGCAUUUUUCAGAAGAAUGUGGAUGGCAACUUUUGGGCAUUGGUGUGCUAAACCAACCCAAUUAUUUGGGACUUGGCCAGCCAUUGAAGACUUCGAUGGUUAUCUUCCCCGCAAAUGUCGGCUACUACUGUCAUCUACUGGGAUGUACAUGAAGGAGAUCAUCAAUGGGAAGACCCGAGUGACUGGGGGCAAGCGAUUGAAAUCGUCUGGUGCCUACACCAAACAAUUUGGCCAAAAGGUAGCCUCCCUCUUCAAGAAGAACCGUGGGAAAGUUACUUGA